AUAAAGAUAAAGGUAUGGAUCGUAAUAUUUUGGUGGAAGGUGACGACUCCUAUUGGUUGUGAAGCGAGGACUGUCUUGCUAAUCGUUUUUUAGAAUGGUUAAGCAAAAGCAUCAUACCGCCCGUAAUCAGAGCAUCAAGAACCACAAGAACGGAAUUAAGAAGCCCCUCCGUCAGCGUACUCGCUCCAUGAAGGGUGUUGAUCCUAAGUUCCUUAGAAACCUUCGUUACUCGAAGAAGCACAACAAGAAGGAAUAAACCAUACUUUGACGACAUACGAGGGACAAUUUCUAU